GUGUAUUUUCCUGGUCGUCUUUUUACCCAUUUUUUUUCAGUUCUUAUUUCCAGAGCCGGAACGUAACCUACUUUCCACAGAAACCAAGGAGGUGGAGAGAGGUUCAGUCGAACUUCGGACUUAGAACGGUGGAAAUCUCAAAGAAGAAAAACCGCGGGUUCGCUGAUUCGGAGUGUUGGGUGCCGUCGCCGACGCCGCCGUGGAUGCAAUGAGUUCCGUUCGCUAAUUAGACAGAACCUCGCCUCCGAGAGUGAAAAUUUAGUAGUGGGCACGCGCUAACAACCCACCCCCCAAAUAGAUCCCCUCCACCCCCAACAAACACCUCCACGAAGACGACAACCACGUUACAUUUACCACGUCCUUCCCAUCCCACCCCCUUUUCUUUAACAAGUGACCCCAAAUUCACCAUGUCUAAUUAAAAACGGAGAAAAGCAAACUUGGGUGGGGGAACCACCCCUCCGAAGUCUCUUUUAAAAGUGAAAGUGUCAUCAAGUUCCUCCCAUAACAAAACUAAUUCAUCAUAAAUCAUAAAGAUGAAGUAACAACAUUAAGAUACAUAAACAAGUUCCUAUAGAAAAGUACAAAAAUAAAAAAGAUAUUUUUUAUAAAUUAACCUUAAAUUAAAAUGACGGCUCUCCGCGAAGACAACAACACGAUAAUCGACAGUUCGGAUUCGUCGAAUUCCUCCUCCGCGGACCUGGUGCACGCCUCCUCCACCGCGUCCCCCUCCAUCUCAUCGAACAACAACGACAUUUUCUAUAAAACGGCCUCUUUCGUCAACAAACUCGACUCCUACAACAACAACCAACUCUUACUUCCGACUCAAUUCUACAAAACCCUAUUAGCCAAAGCCGUCUUAUCGUCAUCAACGAGUUGUUCCAACGAUGAUAAAACGAACGUUUACAAAAAUAUGCUUUGCAAAAAGGCUUUUGGUUGGUCGGAUGGGACCCAGACGGCGGGAAAUCCCGGGGCGCCCCAAUCCGGAGCGAUGGGCACCCAAGGGGCUCAAGGUCUCGUACAUUGGAUGUCGGUGAUGGCGGAAAUGGAUCCGGCCGUUUCCCACUACAUGUCGUGGAAUCAAGAGCAAUGCGGUCAACACGACAAAGAUUCUUAUCCAAAUUGGUCAAGGAACACGAUGGGGAUUAACAAGCAAGGUUACGAGGCGAAAAUGAACGAGCACCAAGCGCAAGGGCAAAAAGGAAAUUUCAAUUUGUGGAUGGAUGAGCACCAUAUGGGUGGCACACCGGGAAUUUACCAAAGUGGCAGGUCUACGUCGAGCAGCUCGAGUCCGGGGGUGGCAGGAUCCAGCCCCGCACUCCUGGUGGUUCCCCAACCGAUAAAUGCGACAAAAAUGGGCGGGAUGCAAAACGGAGGUCCGCAACCCAGGAAGUAUAAUUGUAAAAUGUGCCCGCAGGUAGGAAAAACAGUUUUCGGUUCGAAAGCCGAACUUCAAUUGCACACGCAGGCUCACAUGCGAGAGGCGAAACCGUACAAAUGCUCGCAGUGUUGUAAGGCGUUCGCAAAUAGUUCCUAUUUGUCGCAGCACACGCGGAUUCAUCUCGGAAUCAAACCGUAUAGGUGCGAAAUUUGUCAGAGGAAAUUUACUCAACUCUCACACCUACAACAACACAUCAGGACUCAUACGGGAGACAAACCGUACAAGUGUCGACAUCCUGGUUGUCAGAAAGCGUUCAGUCAACUGAGCAACCUUCAAAGUCACUCGAGAUGUCACCAAACGGACAAACCGUACAAAUGCAAUAGUUGCUAUAAAUGUUUUAGUGAUGAGCCGAGUUUAUUGGAGCACAUCCCCAAGCACAAGGAAAGUAAGCACCUAAAAACGCACAUUUGUCAGUAUUGCGGGAAGAGUUACACGCAAGAAACGUACCUAAGCAAGCACAUGCAGAAACAUUCGGAGCGAACCGAUAAGAGACCCCCGAUAACGGGGUUAGUUGGCGGGUUAAAUCAUCCGUAUUGGCCGAAAAUCUCUCCGGAUAGCGCCGAGAAUUUACACGGGGAUUAUCCCCCCGGAGAUUUGGGGGGGCCUCCAGGUGGGGGUGGCGGAGGAGGAGCCGGAUUAGGUGGUUCAAGGAAUUUAUUAGAUAAUAACGAAGAUUUGGUUAUAAUAAGGCAACAAUUGCAAAAUCAACCACCGGCGCCACCGUCGACGCCGAACGCCACCAACUUAAACACGAAUAAUUACGACUCGCUGGCGAAAAGUUCCGCGUUUACGCCGAUAAACGCGAUGGGGGGCCAUUUAAAUCUAAAUCAUCAUCAUCAAUUAGCCCCGAACCGACCGUACAUUUACGAUCCGUUAAGUUUUCAAAAACAGAAUCUCCAGGAUUUACAAAAAUCGCAGCCGGCGAACGGUUUUCCGAAUUUCAUUUCGUUACAUCAAAUCAAAAAUUACCAACCGAAUACGUCAAAUCUGAUGGAACACGGUAUAUUAGGUUUAAAAGAUAAUAAAUAAUAAAAAAAAAAUAAAUUAAUUGAUUAAUUAAAAACUUUGACGCGCGACGGUAAGUUUU